AUGGAGUCCCUGGGAGGAAAGCCGGUCUGUGGUAGCGGCGAGGUGGUUGGCGAGUAUGAUCUUGCCCUCCAUGUCGCGGCUCUGUUCUUGGUUCUCACGGCCUCCAUCUUUGGCGCUGGUUUUCCGGUCGUCGCGAAGAAGGUCAAAUGGGUCAAGGUGCCGGCAAAGACAUUUUUCAUCUGUAAACACUUCGGUACUGGUGUCCUGGUAGCCACAGCGUUUGUCCAUCUGCUCCCGACCGCAUUUGGCAACCUCAUGGACCCUUGCCUUCCAGACUUGUUCACCGACCAGUAUCCGGCCAUGCCUGGUGUCAUUAUGAUGGGUUCCAUGUUCUGCCUCUUCGUCAUCGAGAUGUACCUCAACGGAAAGAUGGGCGGCCACUCCCACUCCCACGGCGGGCCCAUGGGAUUUAAGACACAUAGUCACAAGCCGCCCGCAGCCAGUCAUGCCUCCCCACCUCCGCGGCCGCCGAGAUACACAAGCGCCACGGAAUUUGAGAUUGAGGACAUCGACUACGAGAAGAAGAUGGCCCAGAAGCUUUACGAGGAGCGAAUGAGAGCAUACCCGCCUGAGAAGAAUCCGUAUGCCGACGGCAAGGGGCUCACCGACCAGUCCGAGAUGCCGCCCUGGUUCAUCGUCUUCUACGAGCAAUACGUCCGCCAGAGGCUCGAGAUGAUGAAUAUGAUCCAGUCCAUGCAGCCGACGCCGCCGCCGCAGCAGCAGCAGACCUACGGGUCUGAGAAGCGCCGGACCACGAUCUCCGAAACGCCGCUGAUCGACUCGCCGUACAUUGACGUCGAGACUGGCCAGCCGGUCGACCCGGCCGUGUACCGCAAGAUGUCGAUGAACAUCACGCUGCUCGAGGGCGGCAUCCUGUUUCACUCGGUCUUUGUCGGCAUGACCAUCAGCAUCACCAUCGAGGGUUUUCUUAUCUUGCUGGUUGCGAUCUUGUUCCAUCAGAUGUUUGAGGGCCUCGGUCUCGGAGCCCGCAUCGCAGAGGUCCCCUACCGGCGCGGCAGCCUCCGUCCGUGGGUGCUGGUUGUUGCCUUUGGGACGACGGCGCCGAUAGGUCAGGCCAUUGGGCUUGUUGUUAGGGACUGGUACGAUCCGAACAGCGCGUUUGGGCUCAUUAUUGUGGGCGUGUUCAAUGCUAUUUCAUCUGGUCUCCUGCUCUAUGCUGCUCUUGUCGAUCUCAUGGCCGAGGACUUUUUGUCUGAGGAGGCCAACCGGACCAUGACAAAGAAGGACCGGUUGAUGGCGUUUUUCUUCCUGAUUCUUGGAGCUAUUGGCAUGUCCAUUGUGGGCGCUUUUGCGUGA